AUUUUUAAAUUUAAAAGAAAAAAAUAAAAAAUAAAAACCAUCAACCCAUUCAUUUCUCUUUUCCCAUAUCUUUUCUCUCUAUUCUCUGAGACUCCAUUGUCUCCUUCUUACCACCCCCUUUAUUAUCUUCUCCGUCCCUCGAUCGCCACUCCUCCAUGGAUAAUUUUCAUUGCCAUAACACUGAUAUCACACCAUUAAAGACUUCGUUUUCUCUUAGAGCUUUCAUCUCCCUUUUCUCUACGGCAUGUCAAACCCUAAUCAUUGUUAGGACCCUUCUUGUACAUCUUCGAUGCUUCGUCAAUAUGCACCAACUGGGUACCAAAGUUGAACCGGAGGGGUGUCGAUAUGCCCUAGUCGUCGACCACCAUCGAACCGUCGAUAUCCAUAGAUCUUUUCUUUUCCAUCAUUCCUGCUGCUAGACCAUCUUCCAUAUUUCUUGCUACAUCAUCGAUCUUUUUGCCAUAUGGGUUUCAAAAAUUAAUAUUGUGAAGGUUUUGGAUCUAUUGUCUUUUUACCAGAUUUUGAUAUUGGUUUUGGUUUUGAGGUUUAUAAAUCCAUAUUUCCUACUGCUUCAUCAAUUAUAUGAAUCCAGAUUUUGAUAUUGAUUUUGGUUUUGAGGUUUAAGAUUGUAAAGGGUUUUGGAUCUAUCGUGUCUUUCCAUUUCUUGUGAAGUAUGGUUUGAUGAUUGUGCUUUGUCAGUCUUGUACCGAACUCCCAUCGUCAGAGGUACGAAGGAAAAGAAAUAAAAAAGUGUUUUUUUUUUUUUUUAUUUCCUUUUCCAUAUUUUGAUUUUUUGAAGUUUCAAUUUCAAUGUUUGUACUGGUUUGGCUUUGAGGUUCAACUAAUAUGAUUUUGAGAUUUGUAUUAAUCAUGGUUGUUGGAGAUGAACCGAAUGCCCGAUUGUAAAUGUUGAAAUUAAAUUUGUUACCUGAUUUUUGAAAGAGGUGCUGACAGUGUGGGAUGUGGGAUGAGAAUAAUGAUCCAAUAAAAUAAAUAAAUUAAUUAAUAAUUUAAAUAAUAAUAAAACUAAAAAAAUAUUUUUAAGAGCAAAAUAGUCUCUUUAUACGUUAUAGGGACCAAACACGUUAGGACGUUCCAAAUUAAAAAAACGCAGAUCAUCCCAAACCACAAGAACCAUUCUUGUAAUUUACUCUAGCCUAAAAGUCCAAAAAGAAACACAAAAAAACGUGCAAGUAUAGGGACCAUUUUUGGCGUUAUUCUAAAUAUUAAAGAGAUUUAUGAUGCAUAAUUUGACAUUUGAUGAGUAAUUUUUUUUUGUUUCGAUAUUAUUUGGAAAAAUAGAAAAUAAUUGGCGUUGACAUUAACGUGUUUGAGUGUGACAUACGGAAACAGAUUAAUUAAUUUAUUUGAGAUUUGAGAAAGCCAAAGCCAAGUUGCGAGUCGAAUUUGUCAGCGGAGAAACCACGCUGAAGCAACCCCAUCCAUAGCAAUUCCCAACUCUCGAUUUCGCAUCUUCAGCCAUCAUCCCCAUAAACAUUUGUUUAAGCAAAAUGCUCUUCAUUUGAUACCUUUCCUAUUAAUCAAUCUUAUCGUGUUUACGAAUCUUCAUCAGCAUUUGUUCUUUGUUCUUGUUCUUCCAUUUGAUCCGUCGUUAUGUACCCACAACAACCACCGCCAUCGUCUUCAUCGUCCUCCUCCGAUCCGGCAGCCAAUUAUUGGGAGACUCACGUCAUGGGAACACCGGUACCCCCUUCCUCCAACCAAAACAACCCCCACGCUCCUCCCAAUCCCUACGCCCAAUACGGCGCCCCUCCGCCUCAACCUCCGCCCAACAAUAUCGAUAACGUCAAGAAGAAACUUAAUACGUGGGGCAACAAGGCGGAGGUCGCCGCUACCAACAUCUGGAGCAAUUUGAAAACAGGGCAAUCUGUAACCGGAUCUGCGUGGGGGAAAAUGAGUUUGACAGCGAAAGCGUUAACUGAAGGUGGAUUUGAAUCCCUUUACAAACAGAACUUCACGACUUACUCACACGAGAAACUCAGCCGGACUUUUGCUUGUCACUUGUCGACGUCCACCGGACCUGUCGCCGGAACUCUUUAUCUCUCUAACAUUCAUGUCGCCUUCUGUAGCGAUCGCCCCUUGUCUUCCAUUCAACCCAACGGCAUGGAGGCUUGGAUCCACUACAAGGUAAUAAUCCCAUUGGAGAAGAUAGCCACAGUAAACCCAAUCACAAUCCCAAGCAAGAAACAAAUAGACAAGUACAUUCAGCUCUCUACAAUCGAUAGUCAAGAUUUUUGGUUUAUGGGUUUUGUGAAUCAUGACAAAGCAUCAAAACAUCUUCUUGCUGGUGUCUCCACUUGUGUUAAAUCAGUCCCAAUUCAUCAAUAAACACGAAUAUAAAAUGUGGGUGUUUGUAUGGUAUUUCUUUACUAUUUUAUUUGAUGGAUAAACACACAUUAAUUGCCCAUGGCUAUGUUGAUAUCUGUUACUAUUGUUUUGUUUACGUGCAUUGGUUUUACUAAUAAUGCUUUUAAUGGUCUGCAUAUAAUUUUUUUAUGGAGGUAGACACUAUAAACUAUGAGAAAAAGGAGCAAAUGCAAGAUAUAACAAUGUACAUUUAUUAAUUUGUGUAUUAUAACAUCCUACUUUUCUUUUUUCCUAUUAUAACAUCACACUUUCAAUUUUGUUUUUCUUGUUUGAAAAAUCUGUCCAAUUAUGC